AAUUGCUGAAGAAUCAGGUGCAAGGCAAAAUGGAAAUAGGGCAAAGGGUUUUGUUGUGUCUUCAUAUUCAGCUCAUUAUUGUUGUUAUGGUUUUAAACCAUAGCAAUGCACAAGGUUUGAAGCUGGGGUUUUACAGCGAGACUUGUCCAAAUGCAGAGUCUAUUAUAAGGAAAACAACGUAUGGAUUCAUUUCUAGAGCACCAACUCUUGCUGCUCCUUUGCUCAGACUCCAUUUCCAUGAUUGCUUCGUUAGAGGAUGUGAUGGAUCAGUUCUUCUAAAUUCCACUAAAAACCAAGCUGAGAAAGACGCCAUCCCCAACCUAAGUUUACGAGGUUACCAUGUAAUUGAUGCUGUCAAGUCUGCAGUCGAACAAGCCUGUCCUGGUGUGGUUUCUUGUGCUGAUAUCCUUGCCUUAGUUGCUCGAGAUUCAGUUUCCAUGAUAAAUGGACCUUCUUGGAAAGUUCCUUUGGGCCGAAGAGAUGGAAGAGUUUCAAAAUUGAGCGAGGCACUCGCAAACUUGCCUUCUCCCUUUUUCAAUGUAACACAACUCAAACAAAAUUUUGCUUCUAAAGGUCUAAACAUGAAAGAUUUGGCCGUUCUAUCAGGAGGACACACCAUCGGAACAUCUCAUUGCGUUGCCUUUGGCCUCCGUCUCUACAAUUUCAGUGGCAAAGGCGACGCCGACCCAUCGAUGGAUCUGACCUAUGUCACUCAGUUGAAGCAAAAAUGCAAACCAGGAGACAUCACAUCACUGGUGGAGAUGGACCCUGGAAGCUUCAAGACCUUUGACGAAGCUUACUACACCCUCGUCUCUAAAAGAAGAGGGCUUUUUGGAUCUGAUGCCGCACUUCUCAACAAUGCGGAGACCAAAGCUUACGUCUUGCAAGCUUCUCGCCAUGGAUCGACUUUUGCUAGAGAUUUUGCAGUGUCGAUGGAGAAGAUGGGUAAAGUUGAAGUACUCACUGGGAAUCAAGGUGAGAUUAGGAAACAUUGUGCCAUGGUGAACUAAUUGGAGAGCUUUUGAAUUUGAUUGUUUGGACUUAGUUUAAAAUGUGAAUUGUUUGGGGAUAAAAAGAAAAAAGAGAUCAUUGGAAUAAAUUUCCAACAAAAUUUGUAUUGCUUUGUAUAAUUUGUGUAUGACCGUUUGGUGCCAUACAUACAUUACCCAGAAGUGGAGAUCAAUGCUUUUGUCUUUUA